GCAAUUUCUGUUUGCUGAAAUUAAAUUAUUUUUUUCACAAAAUUUUAAUCCAGCGGGAUGGAACGCGUGUUUUUCUGUUUCUAAAAAAGGGAGCUUGCCAGAAACGUCUUUAACCCUGAUUCGUUUUACAACUCAAAACACUCUUUUUACAUUUGUCUUUCCUAACAGAUUUUGAUUUCAUUGUGACGGUGUACAGCUCAGGCUUCACUCAGGCUGCUUUGUGAUAAACUGCAAAAAAUUCCAUAAAAAAUGCCCGUUUUUGCGCUGGAUUUUGCCCGCUGUGUCUGGAGAUAGCAUCACGCUGCCAUUGUGGAUUAACUGCCUGAUGCCAGGGUGCGGAGUGCGAUGGCCUGAUCCCGACUUAUUUAUUUCCCAGUAAACCUCCGCAUUAUUUGCCUGUUACCCGGUUCCUAAUAGGCCUCAUACCCGUUAUUUAUUAAUCCUCCUUGUGUUUCGGUUGUGAUAUAUCCGGGGAAAUUGUGAUAUCGUUGUGUGUGUUGCGGGAUCAGCCGGGGUAUUUAUCACACAGCGCCUCCGUUUUCCCCCGUAAUCCGCGCAUUUCCCAACACACACAUCACGGACUAGUGCGUGGUGCGACAGGUUAUGGUCCGGAAAGGAUCGGAGACGGAGCGCGAGGGCGUGGAUGGUGGUGAGAAUAGUAAAGCAGCAGCCAAAGCAGGGAACGUGGCCAAAAACAAAUCCUCCACCAGCGCCGCCAUGAGUGCCCCCCGCGGGGGUACGGCGGCCCCGGGCGGGACGGCGGCGGCCGCCAAUCAGGCGGGCGGGGCGGCCUCCACGGCCGUCAUGAUGGUCGGGCCCAAUUUCCGGGUGGGCAAGAAGAUUGGAUCGGGUAAUUUUGGGGAGCUGCGGCUGGGGAAGAAUCUGUACAAUAACGAGCACGUGGCCAUCAAGCUGGAGCCCAUGAAGACCAAGGCGCCGCAGCUGCAUCUGGAGUAUCGCUUCUAUAAAUUACUCGGAUCUCAAGAGGGCAUACCGAAAGUCUACUACUUUGGCCCGUGCGGCAAGUACAAUGCCCUGGUGAUGGAGCUGUUGGGUCCGUCGUUGGAGGACCUGUUCGACCUGUGUGAUCGGAAAUUCUCCCUGAAGACGGUCCUGAUGCUGGCCGUCCAGCUGCUGUCGCGGAUGGAGUACAUUCACGGCAAGCAUCUCAUCUACCGCGACGUCAAGCCGGAGAACUUCCUCAUUGGCCGGCAGUCCAACAAGAAGCACACCAGUAUCCACGUGGUGGACUUCGGUCUGGCCAAGGAAUACAUUGAUCCCGAUACGCAGCGCCAUAUUCCCUACCGGGAGCACAAAUCCCUCACCGGCACGGCACGCUACAUGAGCAUUAAUACCCACAUGGGCAAAGAGCAAUCGCGGCGUGAUGAUUUGGAGGCCCUCGGGCACAUGUUCAUGUACUUCCUCCGCGGCUCCCUCCCGUGGCAGGGCCUCAAGGCCGACACCCUGAAGGAGCGCUACCAGAAGAUCGGCGACACCAAACGUGCCACCCCCGUGGAAUCCCUGUGCGACGGCUACCCGGAGGAGUUCGCCAUCUACCUCCGUUACGCGCGCCGUCUGGACUUCUUCGAAACCCCCGACUACGACUACCUGCGCCGGCUCUUCCUGGAUCUCUACCACCGGAUGGGCUACAAGGACGACCUGGAGUUCGACUGGAAUGCCAAACAACAAGCCGCCGCCCAGCAGCAGGCCGAAGCGGCCAGCCGCACAUCCGGCGGCACCCAGAAAAACAGCCAACCCGCCGGAUUAAAAGGCUCUACCUGGCAGCUGGAGAACCAGAACGCCACGGCCAAACAGAGCACACAGACCCUCGGCCCGGCCGGGCAGACGCUGCCCACCCCCGGCGGCAGUGUGCAGGUGAUGAACUCGACGGACGGGGCGCUGGUGGGCGGGGACGAUCCCACCGGGGGCCAGAGUAACACGCCCAUCGCCCGCGGCGGCGGCGUGGAGACGGAUGUCAGUGAUCACGAGGUGAAGUGCUGCUGUUUCAAGCGGCGGAAGAAGCGCACCAAGAAGCUGGGGAGGCCGGGCACGGGCGGCGGCGGGAACGGCGCGGCCGGCGUCCAGGCGGGUGGGGCCAAGUGAGGAUUGUUAGAGAAGGCGCGGUGGUGGGCGGGUGUUUUGGGAUUUGCCUGGGGGAACACAGUGGAUGAGGAUUGCCUGGAAAAAUGCUGGGUUUUUUCUGGAUAUUCUGUGCUGCUACCGUUGAUAUGGGUGGUGUUAAUGUUUUUCUUUUUCCGGCGGGAGAUUUUUUGGUGUGGAUUAAGAUGAGAAUGGGAGAUGAUGCUUUUUGUUGGUUUUCUUCUGCUUGAUCGCGGGCCGGUUUACACUCGUUUUCGUUUUUUGGUUGGUGUGCCCCCGGGGGCUCCUUCGGGGUGGUGUGUAGCUGGAAAAGGAAGGGAGGAGCCCCCCGGUUUUGAUGCGAGGAUGUGCAGGAUGUUUUCAGACACGUGGUUGGUGAGACAUUAUUUUGAAUGUGUGGCACGUUAUUUGUUCUGCCGGGACGAUUAAAGGCGUUGCAUUCCAUUGG